ACUGAUAUACACGUUUUCAUUUCCUUCUAGCAAUCAUCCAAACACAGAGAAAGAAAGGAAAGAGGUGCGCACACAGUUCUUCCCUCAAUCCCUUGCAAAAUGAGCAACUACCAGAGAGCACCUCAAGACCCUUAUCCUCCACCACCCUACGGAUCACCUUACCCUCCACCACAGGGCUACCCCCUAUCACAACCUCCACCUGGCUACCCAUCAGCACCACCGCCACCAUCCUACGAAGGCUAUCCUCCGCCACUGCCUCCUGGUUAUUCAACCUAUCCAUCGCGUCCUCAACAUGAAUCCUACCAAGGCUAUUUCAACGAUGGCUAUCCUCCUCCACCUCCUCCUCCCAAUUAUCAUUGCCACCAAGUCCAGCAUCAUUGUCACGAUGAUAAUAACGCCGGCUUUUCUUCUUUCUUCCAAGGCUGCUUGACAGCGCUUUGUUGCUGUUGUUUGUUAGAGGAGUGUUGCUUUUGAUGAUCAUAUUGAAAGCUGUGUCUUCAGUUUGGUGCACCUGGCUGGUUAUAACUCUCUGGAUAAAUGUUGCUCUAAUGUACUGUCUUGCUUGAUUUGUGCGGGAUCUGGGACUGUUAGUCAUUCUUGUAACUCUUGGUUUUUACUUUUUACCCUUGCCCUUUUUUGGGUUGUUCAUAAUUUCUGUGAAGUGGUCUUUGUGAAUCUCUCUCUGUGUAUGGACUUAUAUCUAUUGGAAACUGGAAACAACAGUCUAUGGGUGGAAUUACAACCUAAAAUAUUAAUCUACCUUGUCUUGCUAUAUUA